AACCCAGCGGCAAACACAGGCUACAAGUGCUGUGGCUAGAAAUAACGGACUUUCUCCGGGUGCCACGGGGACGAGAGUGUUCCCGGCUUCAGCUUUACUGAGUGGCCAAAGCAGAAGGAAACUUGCCUUCUCAUUUGAGGGAUUCUGUCACAGGAAUGUGUGAGUCCCUGGAUAAAUUUGGCUUGGUGAUGGCAGUGUGCUCUUCCCAGAGAUUCUGCCACAUUCUCCUUGCUCCUUUUCUACCCUGACCCAAGUUUCUCACUGCUAACCUCGGUGACAAGUCAGAAGAUUUGCUCCUUCCAUCAUCUUCUGUUCACGGGUUCCCUUUUCCGUGUUUGUCACUCUGAUGAGAAACUGAGGCCAAGGUGUCUUCAACCAGCCAUGGCUGUAAAGGGAAUGAGGACCAGAGGAGCAGGCCUCCCUACAGUCCAGGAUUAAAUUCUACCAGAUUCUUCUUAUCUAAUUGUGUUGCUGCUAGCAAAAGUUUGGAAAUUUUGGGGAGAAAUCUAUCUAGCUCCCAUGGAGCUCCACUCUCUAUCUAAGAGGAACAGCCCAGUGGACCCAUGCAAUGCUUUGGAGUGGAGUUCAGGAGAGACUUCUGGUGACCAUAUAGAAGAGGCAACCAUCAGAGAUGCUCUUUGCUAUCAGAAAAACUUGGCAUCAACACCAAGGGCAGAUGUGGCGGAAGUGUGUAGACUUAGCACUUCUCCAGCAUCCCCAACCUCCUUGCUCCAAGACAAUGCUAUUCAAACAAGCUUCUCCCUAUCCAGACCUCCUGACUCAGGGAACAACCAAGUAAUGGCUGAUCGCAAAGUCUGUAAUUGUUGCAGCCAGGAACUAGAAACUUCUUUUACUUAUGUGGAUGAGAAUGUCAACUUGGAACAGAGAAGUCAGAGGUCACCAUCAGCCAAAGGCAGUAAUCACCCUGUAGAUCUGGGAUGGGGAAACCCUAAUGAAUGGUCUCAUGAGACUGCCAUGUCUUUGAUGUCGGAAGACGAUGAUGAUACAAGUUCAGAAGCCACAUCUUCAGGGAAGUCUGUAGACUAUGGUUUCAUCAGCGCCAUCUUGUUCUUAGUCACUGGUAUCUUGCUAGUGAUCAUUUCUUAUAUCGUCCCUCGGGAGGUGACAGUGGAUCCCAACACAGUGGCAGCCCGGGAGAUGGAACGCCUAGAAAAGGAGAGUGCAAUGCUAGGUGCACACCUGGACCGUUGUGUGAUCGCUGGGCUCUGCCUCCUCACCCUUGGGGGAGUUGUUCUGUCUUGCUUGCUGAUGAUGUCUAUGUGGAAGGGAGAGCUCUAUCGUCGAAAUAGAUUUGCCUCUUCCAAAGAGUCUGCAAAACUCUAUGGUUCUUUCAACUUCAGGAUGAAAACGAGUACUAAUGAAGACACUCUGGAACUGUCCUUGGUAGAGGAAGAUGCCCUUGCUGUACAGAGUUAGUUCUAAAAUCCUUGAGAGACAGCCAUACCUUUUAUAUGAAAAAAAAAAAUUAAGUCAUGGGUCCUUUAUUUGUUUGACAAGAAAAGUGUUCUACCACACACAAACUAAAAGCCAGUGAGUGUUUUAUUUCCAUGAAUCUUGUGUAAGAAAACCUAUGUAAGUUGUAAAAGAAACCAUAGCCAGCUAAUCGCUACUUGCUAUGAACUGAAAACUAAUUAACCUGAAAUCACUAUGUGUUUCUACUUCUAAACAAAAUACUUCUGCUGACCUAAUAUAUAAGUGUUGUCUUAUACAUAAACAUGGAGAUUAUUACUAGGGACUAGAAGGGCUCCUGCAUAAUUCGAUCACUUGGCAAUCUAUUCCACGAAACAUAAGCACUAAUUAAAUAGUAAGGCUUACAUUUAACUCCCAAAGGUACUUUUCCACUUUCUUUCUAAAUUUUCUUCCUAUAAUUUGUCUAAACCCUAAAAUGUAGACUUUGGCAGCAUGAAUAUUUUGAAAGCUAAUGAUUUGGUUAUUUUUUUAAGCUAUCAGAAAUUAUAUUUUAAAUUAUUGCUAUAUUUAGAAGUGACAACUAUGUCAUUAACAUAUACCGUAUAAUAAGGUUAAUGAUACAAACCUUGUUCAGACCCAUGUGAAGUUAACAAACUGUUAUCACAAAGUAUUUCCUUAUGCUUUUAUUGAGCGUAGACGUAUUUGCUGAUGCAUAGUUUGUUUCCUGUUUGUGGAUUUGCACUCAAUUUGAUGACCCGUGGCCUUGAAAUCUUUACCACUUCUCAUGUGUGUGUGGCAAAGCAUUGGACUGUUAAAACACAUCCAGACAGGUUUGAACCAUGAAUGGGCCUGGCAUUCUCCCAGGUGACAUUUUGUGGUGAUGGUUUGGAGAAAAUAUCCAGAGUCGUUGCAGCUAGACCUGUGAGAACUCUGCCUAGCAUAAGCCAUUACUUAAAGAGUCCUUAAGCCUGUAGCCAAAUCUUACACUGGGAGUUGUGUUCAUUAUGAGUCCUGACUCAUCUUGCCAUCUCUAAACAUCAUUUGGAGAACCUUCUACUUCGGAUCUUUAAGGACCAUGCUCUUGCCUCAUAAAGUGAAAAUGUCUAGUUUAUGGGAAGUACUGUGGGCAAGGUGGUCAGGAAAGGGAUGGGAAGAAAGGCUUCUUCCCUCCCACUUAGGUUUUUUAAUUAGUAUGUUACAAAGACUAUCGAUUUCACUCUUAAAAAAGGACUGGAGCCAGGAAUGGGUGUGAGUGAAGGGAUGAGCUAGUGAGAAAGGUAUUUUAUUGGAGAUUCUUAAGAAUACCUAAGUCUAAUGUAGAUAUCUAUAUUGUCAUUGAGGAGGAGGGGUAAAUUGUAUGAGUUUGCAUAUCUAUAUGAAUGGGCUCUUGGGGGUAACAGAGGCAUUGUUGAGUUAGCUUUAAUAAGAGGUAAAGGAAAAUGUAAUAAAGAAGGGAGAGAUAGGGAUGACAACAUGUCACAGAAUCCUUAGGUAAGAAUAAGAGUGCAUACACACACACAGACACACACAGAAACACACACACACACACACACACACACACACACACACACAUGGAUAUAUAUACCCUUUGCCUUGCCCUGUAGAACAUGAUGUGCUGGUUUUCCAACCCACAAAAGACUAGACAGAACUUGCAUUUUGUGCUUCGCUUUUCCGUGAUUCUCCUGUCUUCUGUGCUAGAGGAACAUUCCUAGCAGGUUAAACCUUCUAGAGGUCUAUUCAGUUUCGAUCGCUAGUCUGCUUGAGGAACUACUUUGGAGAUAUUGAAGUAAAACAGGAGUAAUCUACUUCCAUGAGUGUGUAGAUAUGAACUGGGUUCAAACUGCAGCAGCAAAAUAUAUGAAAUAGAAUUUAAAUCCAUUUAAAUCCAGGCCUGGUGGAUCAUGCCUAGAUCCCAACACUUGGGAGGCUGAAUCGAGAUGAACAAAGCAUUAAGGCCAGUUUGGACUACAUAGGGAGUUCCAGUACAGAAUACAGAGUGGGACUCUGUUUCAAAACAUCAAAAUAUAAUAAAAUAUCCAUGAGUAUUUA